CUAGGCAUAUUAAUUUUUGCAGAACGAGCUGGUCAUGGUUGCCGUGUCAUUCAUCAACAACAUAAGCUUUGGUAUUUCCGGCUUAAUAUUAGUUGACUGCAACGAUUAACAAAUCAACUUAUUACCGAUAGUUUGGCGCCUCAAAGUGUCGUCGCUGAGCGCUUGAAAGGGAAACGUUGGGAUAUAUGCGAAAACUUCAUUAUCCUCUCCUGGAUGCAACUGAUUAAGACUAGGCUCAUUUCCGCUUGCUGUAGAUUUAAGCUAGUGAAAAUUCUGGUGAAGAUGGUGACAUCCUCCGCAUUCUGUGAAUCGUUUUCCCACUACCAUGGUUCCAUGUUGUGACCGGAAGUUUACACGAUUGCCGGUGCCAACACUGAACCGUUCAUCUUGGAAUAUGCCAUGGAAAACUGCAAUAAUUCCUGCUGUUCUGAUAUUAUUGAUAUCGUUUCCCAAUGGAUGCCUUUGUCAGCGACCGAGCAGUGCCACGGGUCGGUCUAUCCCGCCGUCAACGCUGAACACCGCCACGGCUACGGUGUCCACUACGACCUCCUCGGUCACUCCUUCCUCCACCGUCGCACCAAGCGCCACCGAUGGCCGAGGCAACAAUCGCAAAGAAAGCGCGCAGCCGAUAAAAGGACCGCACUUUCCCAAUAUUCCACCCCCGAAAGUGGAGGCCGAUCUGAUUGAUCUGUCUUUCAAAAGCGCUCAACGACGGACUAUUGAUUUUCAGUCAGUCGAAACACUGAUCUCAACCAGCUCACGAAGUCUUCCUCGGACACCUGUUGAGCUGGCCAACGUCGAAUCCCGUCUGACAGCUGAUGCCAAACGCGAAUCCCAGCUAGCCUACAUUCUGGAAGGAAUGCUGGUCUUCAUUUCCAACCGGUCAAGUCUGCGGCGCGAGCAGAUCAUCUUCGGCUUGCCGCAAACACCAACCGACCAUACGACCAUCACUCGUCGCUGUCCGUACAAUGUGCCGAUUACCUGCAAUAUGACGGAAUUCCGCAGCAUACAGGGAGUCUGCAACAACAUGCUGAAUCCCUUCUGGGGCGCUACAAAUACGCCUUACUCUCGCUUCUUGCCACACAAUUACUCGGAUGCCAUUCGGGCGGUUAGAACGGACAGUCGGGGUGGCAGUCUGCCAAAUCCGCGCUUCAUCAGCUCGUCCGUGCACUGGCCGCUCACAGGAAACCAUCCACAUGUAUCGCAGAUGCUGGUCACUUUUGCACAGUUUCUGGAUCAUGACCUUUCACAAACUGCUGCUUACGCGGAUUCCAAUUUGCAAUCCCUGAACUGCUGCAGCGACAAACUAAAAAAUCACCCUGAAUGUCUGCCGAUCGAAGUUGACCCUAACGAUUCGUACGAUGACGACAGUGUGGAUGCCUGCAUAAACUAUGUGCGCUCGGCUAUAGCCCCCAAAACACUUUGCGCGAUGGGCCCGCGCGACCAAGUUAAUCAAGCUUCGCACUUUCUGGAUGCGUCGGCUCUGUACGGCAACAAUCCUCAGGAUGCCCAACGACUUCGAGAAGGCGCUGGAGGUCGCUUAUGGAUGACUGAUUUUGAGAAUGGGAAGAGUUUACUAUCGGAAGCCCUCAACAGCAGCGACUGCCGCCCAGCCAAAGAUGCUGACACAAACUGUUUUGAUGCCGGUGACCGUCGUGUCAACGAAAAUCUGCCCAUUGCCUCGUUGUACACUUUACUAGCCCGUGAACACAACAGUCUAGCUGAGAAACUGGCGAAGGUUAACGCGCACUGGGACGACGAACAACUGUAUCAAAGCGCUCGGAAGAUUCUGAUCGCUCAGCUCCAGCACAUCACUUUUAACGAAUUUCUUCCGCUGUUGCUGGGCCGUAAUGGAUUGGCACGUAACGGCAUCGAACUCGUGGCCGAGGGCUACUUCCGAGGUUAUUCCGCGGCCGUGAACCCUGGGAUUACGAACGAAUUCGCCACUGCAGCUUCCAAGUUCUGGUAUUCAUUAAUGGCAAAUGGUACCCAGUUUAUCGACAGACGAGGGCGUGUUAACUUCAAGCCGUUUAACACCCAAUGGUUUCAACCUUAUGAUCUGUAUUUUUCUGGCGUACUGGAUGGAACUAUUCGGGGCAUUGCAGACCAACCAGCUAGACCGGGAGACCAAUCAGUAACCUCUGCGCUGACGAACAGCGGAUGGCUGCGAAUUGCGGAUGAUCCGGCAGCCAACGUUGGACAAAAGCUGGAUUUGGCGGCUCUCACCAUUCAGCGUGGUCGGGAUCAUGGAUUAUCUAGCUACAAUUUCUGGCGGAGUGUGUGCGGUCUGAAGAUGGCCACUUCAUUCGACGAUCUCAGAGACUCCGUCAGCGAAAGCAAUAUUAAAAUAUUGUCGGCUGUUUACAGUACCGUCCAUGAUAUUGAUCUAUUCACUGGAGGACUAUCCGAAAUUCAUGAGCCAGGGGCAUUAGUCGGGCCGGUGUUUUCCUGUAUUAUUGCAAAACAGUAUCGUAAUCUGAGGGUGGGCGAUCGCUAUUGGUAUGAAAAUGAUCUUCCGGAAACCCGGUUUACGCCAGAACAAUUGACGGAGAUACGAACUACAACCUUGGCAAGAAUUAUCUGUGAGAAUGGCGACAAUAUUCCGUCUAUUCAACCUCACGUUAUGCUGCUGCCAGAUUCGUUGCUGAACGCGGCAAUGCCUUGUCGGUCGCCGUUUUCUGCCUCCCUGGAUCUCAGCUUGUGGAAAGAAGAAAUACCUGCGGAUCCCGAAAUCUCCCCCGAUAUCCUGAUGAACAUUUUGGAAAAGGCCCGCGAAGAAGUGACAGUGACUGCCUUAGCGGAUCUUGCCCGAGCACAGGCCCAAGGCAGCCAAUCCGGCCGCAUUCGUACCGCAUUCAACAGCCCGACGGCCGCCGUCCGAGCCAUGAAUCUCGAGUCCAACGCCUUCAUCCAGGGCACCAAACAUAUUCUUAAACGCCAAUUCGUCAACCGGACACCUUCCAAUAUAUCCAGUGUCAUGUCCAAGCUGAAGCGCUUUGACGGACUGAUUAAGUCCAAACUGGAUGGACCAACGGAAAACAUAACAUGCGCCGAGCGGUUCGUCCCGUGCGAUCACACCAGCAAAUACCGCAGCAUUUCGGGUUGGUGUAACAAUCUGCAGCACCCCGAAAGAGGAUCAUCGGAGAGGAUAUUCGGCCGUCUGCUCGAUCCAGCAUUUGCUGACGGUGUCGAUGAACCUCGCAAUAUGAGCGUCACAGGCGUGCCUCUGCCGUCCACCCGGGAGGUCCAACUGGGAGUCGUAGUAGAUGUGGAUCGGCCGCAUCCUCGUUACACGCACAUGCUCAUGCAGUAUGGCCAGUUUGUGGAUCACGAUAUGACACUAACGCCCAUCGCAACUGCUUUGAAUGGGUUCAAUUUUAAUUGCCGAUCGUGCAACGCACAGGAGGUGACCAGUGCGAAUUGUCGGCCGAUCCCGAUCCCACUGGCGGAUUCAAGUAUGACCCCUUUUAUCAGCAAUACUACGGAGCGACGCUGUUUGGCUUUUAUCCGCUCCGCAACCGGACGCACUUCGUUUGGAGCGCGGGAGCAGGUGAACCAGAACACGGCGUAUGUGGACGCCAGUAUGGUGUACGGCAGCACUCUCUGCAAGACCCAACGUUUGCGGACGUUUGUUGACGGCAAACUGAAUUCUACGAAGAACCCAAAUGCCGGUCUGAAGGAUCUUCUGCCAACCACCAUCGACUCAAACGAUGUGGAAUUCCUCGAAUGUCUUAAUUCGGUUCCUGGAAAUCUCUGCUUCUUGGCUGGAGAUACGCGCGAGAACGAAAGUCCUGGGUUGACUGUUUCUCAUACCAUAUGGAUGCGUUUGCAUAACCAAAUCGCAAUCGAGCUGAAAAGGGUCAAUAGUCACUGGAAAGACGAACAAUUGUUUCAAGAAUCGCGUCGAAUCCUGAUUGCCGUGCUCCAGCAUAUCAGCUUCAAUGAGUAUUUCCCACGAAUAUUAGGCGAAGCAUUGACUCAAGCAGUUGAUCUGAGAUCCCGACGUUCCAGUUAUUACACGAACUACGAUCCAAACUGUGACGCAACGCUGGUCAAUGAAUUUUCCGCCGCGGCGUUCCGUUUCGGACACACGCUGGUGCAAGGAGAAUUUGGCCGGUAUGACAACAAUUUUAUCGCCGGUAACCGCAGCCGGGUGAAAUUAAUGGAGCACUUUGCCCGCGGGGACAUUCUGUACGAGGAUUUGGGAAUCGAUCAGUUGCUCAUUGGUUUAAUUGUGGAGCCGAUGCAGAACAUGGACUCUAUUGUGACGAAAGCUCUGACGGAUCAUUUGUUCGAAGAUCGCAGUAGAAAAUUCAGUGGACAGGAUCUGGUAGCCAUCAACAUAAUGCGCGGUCGGGAUCACGGUCUCCCGGGAUACAAUGAAUUUCGCGAAUACUGUAAUUUGACGCGUGCAGCCGAUUUCAAUGAUUUGACUGCAUAUAUUCCGGACGAAAUUGUUGAGGCGCUGAAAAAAGUCUACAAGCAUGUGGACGACAUUGAUCUGUACAUUGGGGGAAUUUCCGAAUACAGCGUUUAUGGUGGUGUUGUUGGACCUACAUUUGGGUGUAUGAUCGCGGAACAGCUGCAUCGAACGCGCCGAUGUGACCGGUUCUGGUACGAAACGGGCGACCCUUUAUUACGCUUCUCGGAAGCUCAACUUGCCAGCCUCCGCAAAAUGACGCUGGCCAAAGUGAUCUGCGACACCUCCGACACCGUCUCCCACAUUCAACGCUCAGUUUUCGAUCUCUCCGAUCCCUACAUCAAUCCCAUUGUGGCUUGUGAACAGAUCAGCGGACUGAAUCUUAAUCUAUGGGCGGAUGUGCCCGCGUGCAAUGUGUCGGGAGUGAUGUUAGCCAAGGGCCGGUCACAGCGGGUGACCCCUUGCAGCAGUUGCACCUGCACCAGUGAAGGCCUGUUCUGCCAGUCGAUGUUGAUCAAGAACUGUCGAAGUCUGUUGUUAACCUUCCCGGUCAAUGAUAUUUUGAGUGACAGCGUUUGCAAGACGCAGUGUGCGAGCGUUUUCAGAGAAACAAUUACCAAAGACAAUGGCAAUGUUUUAGCAGCCACUGACCUUUUUGCUGCAUUUUUUUGAACUGGUGGAGGAAGGGUCUGAUGUUCUUGUUU